AACCAACAAAACAAAACCUUUAAACAGGAUUACAUACACCUGAAACAACAUAAAAAUGAAACCUACUGAACAAAAAACUCCGAAGCUUGUUGAGACAUCACCAAACAUAUCGACAGAUUCAUCAGCAUCCGAGAAAGGAGAAGCAACAAGUCAACAACAAUCCAACAAUGGCUAUGCACUCACAGUUGACGAGGUGAUCGAGCAACACAUCGGAGUACUAGGGUUUGCUCAGAUCGUGCAUGCUCUUUUGGUCUCUAUUGCUUGGACCUUCGAUGCUCAGUCCACUCUUAUAUCCAUUUUCUCCGACGCUAAGCCCGCUGCGAGGCUUCUCACAACGGGAGCCAUCGUGGAAGGCUCGAUGUUGUGUGGACUGUCCACCGGAGAGUGGGAAUGGGUUGGAGGAAAGAGCGACACUAUUAUUUCAGAGUGGAAUCUUAUAUGCGAACAUAAGUUUCUUGUUGCUCUACCAUCCACUCUAUUCUUCAUCGGAUCUCUUUUCGGUUCUGGAGCUUAUGGAUAUCUUGCUGAUUCCUGGUUCGGUCGGAAAAAGACACUUCUUAUCUCUUGUCUAUUAACGUUUGUCACAGCUUUAGCGAUCUCUUUUUCUCCAAACAUAUGGGUUUACGCGUUCUUGCGUUUUGCCAACGGAUUCUUUAAAUCAGGAAUCGGUUCUUGUUGUAUCGUGCUUGCUACAGAGGUCGUCGGUAAAAAAUGGCGUGGGCAAGUAGGGCAAUUCGGUUUCUUCUUCUUCACGUUAGGGUUUCUAUCUCUACCACUCAUGGGUUACUUGGAGAGAAAGUCAUGGAGAAACCUUUACCGAAUCACAUCCCUUCUUCCUCUUGGAUACGCUGUUUUUCUCUUGCCAUUUGCCUAUGAGUCCCCUCGAUGGCUUCUUGUUAAAGGACGUAACAAAGAAGCCAUGCUGGUCUUGAAGAAACUCGCGAGGCGCAAUGGUAAACAACUUCCAGCUGACCUAAGCCUAGUCGAUCCGAUACAAGGACGAGAUGAUAGAGCUUCGUCGUCAUCAGAGAAAUUUUGGAGAACUAAGUGGGCAGUGAAGAGGAUUGUAAUGGUGAUGAUGGCUGGAUUUGGCACUGGUUUUGUUUACUACGGUAUUCAACUAAACGUUGAGAAUCUCAACUUCAAUCUCUACUUAACUGUUGCGGUCAAUGCUUUGAUGGAGUUUCCAGCGGUUUUCGUCGGAAGCUUCCUCUUAGGGGUCAUGAACCGUCGUCCAUUGUUCUCAAUCUCAUCAUACCUAGCUGGAACCGCGUGCUUACUCUGCGCGGUUCUCUCGCUCCAUCGUGUUGUACUACCUGCUACCAAAUGGCUGCAGCUAGCUGUUGAGGCAGUUGGGUUCAUGGCGUCCUCAACGGCCUACGAUGUCCUAUAUGUCUAUGGCGUCGAGCUGUUCCCAACAAACGUGAGGAACUUUGCAGUUUCGCUGUUGUGUCAAGCGUUCAUGCUGGGAGCAUCUGCAGCACCGUUGCUAGUUGCAUUGGGACGAGAAAACGCUAUGAUGUCUUUCAUUGUUAUUGGCGCCGCGUCAAUGUUGAGCGGUGUGGUGAGUCUCUGGCUAAAAGAAACUAGAAACGCUCCACUUUAUGAAACACUAACGCAGCAGGGGAAGGCUGAAGAGAUGGAGAACAAAACGGAAUGUUCUUGAUCACUAGUGAUGUUCCUUUACAAUAUUUGUCCAAUAAUUGGAAAAAAAAAUGUAACAUAUUUCAGUUUUUUCCAUCAAGAUGUAUGAAACGUUGACUGAUAAUGUAAAUAAUCAGAACCAAGAAUCCGACAGACUAUGUUUUAAGGA